AUGCUGCCGCAAGUGGAGACCAACAUGGACCUCAACCUCCCACCAUCUCUCCAGGAAACCAUCAGGGCCGUGCAGCAGCUCUCCAGCGGGAAGGCACCCGGGUCGGACGCAAUUCCUGCUGAGGUCUACAAGCACGGAGGUCCCCAACUCAUGGACCGCCUGACUGCGCUCUUCCAGGAGAUGUGGCGUCAAGGCAAAGUACCGCAAGAUUUCUAGGACGCAACAAUCGUGCACCUAUACAAGCGAAAAGGGAACCGCCAAAUCUACGAUAAUCACCGCGGCAUCUCCUUGCUGAACAUCGCCGGGGAGAUCUUCGCUCGCAUCCGUCUCAACCGCCUCAAUAACCAUCUCGAACAGGGCCUUUUGCCGGAAAGCCAAUGCGGCUUCCGUCGUCAUCGUGGGACCACGGAUACGAUCUUCGCUGCUUGUCAACUUCAGGAGAAGUGCCAGGAGAUGCGGACUCACCUGUACUAUAGCUUCGUGGACCUGACGAAAGCCUUCGACACGGUGAAUCGUAAAGGACUGUGGAAGGUCAUGUAG